AUGGCUUCACAUCUGAAGUGUUUUGAGUAUGAUGUAAUUAAGUCGGACAGUAAGAGAUAUGUGAUAAAAUGCCGAGCAGCCAAAGAAGGCUGCAAGUGGUUUGUGCGUGUUGCAAAGUUGAUGAAUUCAGAUCAUUGGACGGUUAGAAGUUAUAUCAAACAGCAUAGAUGUUCUAUUGUUACUACAAGAACACUGCCUAGUAGAAGGAGAGGCACACCAGGAAUCGUUGCAGCUGUUUUUGCUCAAGAUUAUCCUGAUAGUUUAGACACAACAGCUCCCAACGCCUUGAUCGGUUUGGUUCAUCACAGGGUUGUUGUGCAAGUAUCAUACACAACGUCAUGGAGAGGAAAAAUAUUAGCUGCUAAUAAAGUGCGAGGAAGUCCAGAAGAGAGUUAUACUUUAUUAAAUUCUUAUAUGCACAUGCUGAAGCAGUCGAAUCCUGGCACAGUAGCUCGUGUGGUUGUGGAUGAGGCCCAAAAGUUUAAGUAUCUAUUUUUUGCUUUGGGAGCUAGCAUAGAAGAGUUUAUCGUUAUGAGAAAAGUCCUCAUUGUCGAUGCAACACACCUGAAGAAUGUUUAUGGUGGAGUUCUAUUUUUUGCGACUGCUCAAGAUCCCGAUCAUCACCACUAUCCAAUUGCGUUUGGUAUUGCAGAUGGUGAGAAAGAGCAUAGUUGGGUGUGGUUUAUGGAACAGUUGAAAUCAGUGAUAUCUGAUGUCCUUGGAUUGGUGUUUCUUUCAUACAGAAACAAAAGCUUGAUCAAGGCAGUAAGUCUAGUGUUCCCUCAGGCCGCUCAUGGGUAUUGUAUAUGGCAUUUGUCUCAGAAUGUUAAAGGACACGUCCGUAACAACAGAGACACUUGUGCGUUUAAGUUUAUGGAGUGCGCACACGCUUAUACUGAGGCUGAGUUCUUGAACCUUUAUAAUGCUUUUCGCAUGAGGUAUCCUAGAACAGCGGAGUAUCUUGACAAAAGUGUUGAAGAGAGGAAAAUGGCAAGAUGUUACUUUGAAGGAGAUAGGUACAAUGUUGACACCACCAAUUCAAUGGAAUCUUUUAACGGUGUUAUUAGUGAUGCGAGAAAGUUAAACAUACUACCAAUGUUUGAUUUCAUCAUCCGGAAAAUGGCUGAAUGGUUCAACAUACAUAGGAAGGACACAGCUGAAAUACCACCCGCACUAAAGCUUGUUCCUAUUGUGGAAACCGAAAUGUCUAAAAGAUGUGUUGAUGCAGGGUUUCUUUCCGUUGUCUAA